CUUAGACAGAAGUGUGAUCAGAAGUGAACAUGCGAGAAGCGUCCCUUUACAGAACUGAGCACUUCCUACUGCUUUAACAUCAGGACGCGCAGAGUAAGCAUGCUCAGAACAGCAGCACCUGCGCUCUCCUCAGCUCUCUGUCAGUGAGCAGAGCUACAGUCAACAUGUCAGUGGAUGUUCUCCCAGAGAAGAUGAAAUGAGCUGAACUCAAUUUUUGCCAGAUGUUUAUUCUUUACCUCUGAACAACCAGCAGCAAGGUGUUUUAAACAACAAUGUUGCGGCUCAGCAUGAAGAUGUAUCUGGCUCUGCUAUGGGGAAUAUCUGCUUUGUUUUCUAUGCAGUCCAUGAGUGCUUCCGUAACAGAAACCACCAAGAUGAGUCCAACAGCUGAGCCCAUCAAGACAACCAAGCAGCUCAUCAAUGCACCUGUAGUUCAUAAUGAAACAGAGAUGCACUCUGUGACCUGGCAGUCCACUCACAAACCUGCAGAAGUUAGUGUUUCUGCAACACCGGGGCCCACCGUUCAACCCAAAGCGAUAAUGGAAGAGGCAAUCACCAUGGACAGAGACAGCUCAAAUGAUAGCACGACAACACUUAACUCAGGUCCGCAGUUGCUUCAUACCUCCGCAGCAGUGACCGCAGCUGCAGAGGAAGCACACAUACCACACAACACGACAAUCUCAAAAACUGAAAAACCUACAGAGAAACAGUCACAUCGGCAAUCACCCACCAUUUCAGCUGACAUGAUUUCUUCUGCAGUGACUUCUGCAACAACCUCUGCAGCACCCUUAGCUACAGAUACCGUGUCUUCGCCGGAGCCCACAUCCUCCACUAAGCCUGAAGUUACAUCCCCCACAUCUUCCACCACCUCUCCUCCUGAUUUUACUCAGACUCCAGUCUUCAACCAGAACACCAGCAGUUCCCCAGCUUCCACUGUGUCCACAACGAACCCCUCUGAGGCAGGACCUGUGUCUGAACUUACUUCUUCACCUGCCAAAAUAAGUGAGACUUCUGCCAGCAACAGCGAGCUUUCGUCGACAUCUCAGUUAGUGUCUGUGACGAUGACCCCCACCUCCAAAUUUACUGAUACAGGUUUGUCAAGCUCUACGACCGAGCCUCCCACUAUUUCAUUCUCAACCGAUUCUGCCAACACCAUCACCACUGCCAACUCCACCAGUCCUGCAGGAGCCUUCAUCCGACCCAAGAUGUUGCCAGUCCCAACAAUUAGUUCGACUCCAGCAACUACAACUGCGCUCAAUGAAGCCUCCCAGAGUCCAUCCAGCACUGAGGUCCAAUCCUGCUCCACCCGUGGAGUGGUGACGCAAUGCCUUAUUAUUGUCGCCUCUCUGGCUGUCUUGGCCACCGUCUUCAUGGUUUCAACCAUUAUCCUCUGUACCAAGCUGUCAGCAAGGAAGUACAGGGCCAAGAAACCUCAGCAGGCCACAGAGAUGAUGUGCAUCUCGGCUCUGCUGCCUGAAAGGAAUUACACCUAUACAAGACAACGCAAUCCAGUGACUAACGGAGUCCUAGUGAUGCACACAGCUGGAGACAGUGACGAGGACGGGGGAGAUAAUCUUACUCUCAGCAGCUUCCUGCCAGAAAAUGACCGUCUUGUUUAGAUGGAAUCAUAAUAGUAACUGUCACGUACAUGCCUCCAUCAGACCUCAGAUUGAUUCAGCUGAAUGGUUUGUCUGAUGUCUGUGAUGGGGAAACAGUUGCUGUUUGAAUAAACUCAUACUUCCUCCUUUGAUGUUGGUGGUUUGGCCUCACUGCACACUCAGUUGCUGUGGAGGAAAAGACAUAGAAACCACACACAGGCAAAAAUGAAAUAAAUAAAAAUAAACAGUUACCGUUUCAUGUUCAUGUACCAUUAACCUUAUGUGUCAUUUAAUGUAGCCAGGUCUUCAAGUGUGUACUUUUGGCAAAAAUAAAGACUUUUUGCUUUAUUUUACACUUGCCCUCCUGGGUGAGUGAUCAAAGAUUUCUUUUUUAGAACAUCCUGAGCUGAGCCCUGAUUGUGUUUCACUUAGCGACCAGAGACAGGAAGUCUUAUUUUGUCGAGGGAUUACUGUUCUCCAAGGACUCUGUUCAGCUUACAAAUGCGAUUCUGUUAGCAAUGAGGCUUCAUUGUAUGAACUCUGUUAUUUGAUUUAUGGCAACUGUAUGUGACUUUGGAUAUUUGUGUAGAGUUUCUGUAUUGUGAUAAUUUAUUAAACUAAUGUGUUAU